GCCGGCGCUGGGCGGCUCGGCUGGGGCGGCUUCAGUCUGACGCGGGCCACGCAGCGGCGGGAGAGCGCUCAGCGGGGCGGCGGCGUCCUGGAGACCCCCGAGAGAUGGAAGCGGCGGCGCCGGCGGCGGCCGAGGCGGCGGGACGCGAGGAGCUAGAUAUGGAUGUGAUGAGGCCCUUAAUAAAUGAGCAGAAUUUUGAUGGGACAUCAGAUGAAGAACAUGAGCAGGAACUUCUGCCUGUUCAGAAGCAUUACCAACUUGAUCAAGAGGGUAUUUCAUUUGUACAAACUCUUAUGCAUCUUCUUAAAGGAAACAUUGGAACUGGCCUUUUAGGACUUCCACUGGCAAUAAAAAAUGCAGGCAUAGUGCUUGGACCAAUCAGCCUUGUGUUUAUAGGAAUUAUUUCUGUUCAUUGUAUGCACAUUUUGGUACGUUGCAGUCACUUUCUAUGUCAGAGGUUUAAAAAAUCAACAUUAGGUUAUAGUGACACUGUGAGUUUUGCUAUGGAAGUAAGUCCUUGGAGUUGUCUUCAGAGGCAAGCAGCAUGGGGACGGAGUGUGGUUGACUUUUUUCUGGUGAUAACACAGCUGGGAUUCUGUAGUGUUUAUAUUGUCUUCUUAGCUGAAAAUGUGAAACAAGUUCAUGAAGGAUUCCUGGAGAGUAAAGUGUUUGUUUUAAAUAGUACCAAUUCAUCAAAUCCAUGUGAGAGAAGAAGUAUCGACCUAAGGAUAUAUAUGCUUUGCUUCCUUCCUUUUAUAAUUCUCUUGGUCUUCAUUCGUGAGCUAAAGAAUCUAUUUGUGCUCUCAUUCCUUGCCAAUAUUUCCAUGGCUGUCAGUCUUGUAAUCAUUUAUCAAUACGUUGUUAGGAAUAUGCCAGAUCCCCACAACCUUCCAGUAGUGGCUGGUUGGAAAAAAUACCCACUUUUUUUUGGUACAGCUGUAUUUGCUUUUGAAGGCAUAGGAGUGGUCCUUCCAUUGGAAAAUCAAAUGAAAGAAUCAAAACGCUUCCCCCAAGCAUUGAAUAUUGGCAUGGGAAUUGUUACAACUUUGUAUAUAACAUUAGCUACCUUAGGAUAUAUGUGUUUCCAGGAUGAAAUCAAAGGCAGCAUAACUUUAAAUCUUCCUCAAGAUGUAUGGUUAUAUCAAUCAGUGAAAAUUCUAUAUUCCUUUGGCAUCUUUGUGACAUAUUCCAUUCAGUUCUAUGUUCCAGCAGAGAUCAUUAUCCCUAUGAUCACAUCCAAAUUUCAGGCUAAAUGGAAGCAAAUCUGUGAAUUUGUGAUAAGGUCUGCCUUGGUUAGCAUUACUUGUGCUGGAGCAAUUCUGAUUCCUCGUUUAGACAUUGUGAUUUCCUUUGUUGGAGCUGUGAGCAGCAGCACACUGGCCCUGAUCCUGCCACCUUUAGUUGAAAUUCUUACAUUUUCUAAGGAACACUACAAUAUAUGGAUGAUCCUGAAAAAUAUUUCUAUAGCAUUUACUGGAGUUGUUGGUUUCUUGUUAGGUACCUAUGUAACUGUUGAAGAAAUUAUUUAUCCUACUUCCAAAGUUAUAGCUGAUACUCCACAGAGUCCGUCUCUAAAUUUGAAUUCAACAUGCUUUACAUCUGGUUCGAAAUAGUUGACACACAAUUACAAGUCUUCUACUUUUGUCUCAAUUCUAGAAAUGAUUAAAAUAAGAACUUAGUAGAAUGCAUUGCCAUAUACUUAAAAGACUGUUUUCUUUUGGCACAAUAUUGAUAUUUUGCUGGUAGAUUGUAAUUUUUUACUAGUACUGGUAAACUACAGAUUCUUGGUUUUAAGUGUUAACAAUAAUUUCCCAAAAUUUAGUUUUGAAAAUUGAAAAAAUUAAAAUGUAAAAAAAUUAAAGAUUUAGACUUCAGUUAUUCUUCAUUCAAUCAGAUACUUUAACCAAGAUUCUCUUUUACCCUCAUGUUACUCUUUUGCUACCCAGUUGAGGACUGAACAGGAUUCCAACAGUAAGAGAAUUAAAGGGCAUGGGUAACAAAUCGCCAAACCAUCCCAGUGAAUGUCAGAAUAUACUUUGUGUACAAUGUAAAACAUCUCGAUUAUAUUUUUAUUAGAUCCAGAUACUUAUGAUUAGCCCCUGGAAGUGUAGAAAACUCUCAUGAAUCAUAAUAUAAGCAUCAGAAAUACAUUAAAACCAGAAUUGUUUUUAUGCUAUUCUGUAAUGGUAGUUGAUUUUUAUAAAGAAAACCAUGAGGCACCGUGCAAGAUUCUGAUUUACUGUUUCAAUUAAAUUUGAAAGAGACUUUAAGGCUACCCAAUACAAUUCCCUUUCCUUUUACCUGAGUAAAUUGAUGCCCAGUAAGGUUAAGUAACUUGGUCAAGACCACACACCCUUGAGGUGAAGAAUACUGUUAUUUGACUCCAGUCCAGGAUUAUUUUGUUUUACGUCACAUCUAAGAAAAGGAAUAAAUUAUGUUCAGUUUAACUUUAGUGCUGAGUCUAUUUAAUUAUAUUUUAAUACUAUGAAAUCAGGUGAUCUUUGAAUAGUAGAUGUGACCUGAACAGAAAACCAGAAAACUCUAAAAGGGCUGCACUACAGCCAUAUAAACUUCAACCAGGGAAAGCAGCAGUGUUUUCUUAGAAUAGAAACCACUCACUGCUGGCUGGUAAAGGUGCCCAACUGUCCUGUUUAUGGCUUCAGCUCUCCUUAUUGUUUCUUCCCUUUCUAGAUUUUGUAGGCGUCAUCUUUCUUAAUGGCAGAAAAUAGGUAUCUGACAAAAUACAGGAUUUGUGCAUUGUUUACAGCCAUGUGGCUUUCCUUAGUAUAUAUAGCCUUUUAUUGAGCUGAAUGGGAAGAAUAAAAGAAUCAUAAAGAGAGUCAUGGUUAGGAAAAACUAAGACAAUAAUAAACUGUCUAUUAAAUACUGAGACACACCAGGUUUCUUCCAGAGAAAUACUUUCUAAUUACUCCAUAUUCUUCAAGCCCAGUUAUUAACCAAAACAAAGACUCUCAGUUCACAUGGAGGAUGAAAAUUAAGUUUAAAACACUAAGAACCCUGCUUUUAAAAAAAUUCAUACUUUAAAAUAUGCUGAACUUUUUAAUCAGGCUGGUGAUACUCUUAAUUUUUAAUACUAUACCAUCAAGAUCACUAGCGUACAUAUUCUAUAUUUUUAUAAGUAAAUGUUAACUUAGUUCAAAUAUUUUUUUGCCUCCAUCAUUAAUAGGUCAUAAAGUAAAAUCCUAAAGAAAUAUCAGAAGCUUUAUUUUGGUACAAAGUCAUAAAAUCAAAACUUUGUUUUUUAACAUUGGCAUAAAGUAUCACCAGUAAUUGUGAUAUUUUUGUGUCAAAUCUGUUAUGUUGAGACUUUAGUCAUAUUGAGAGAAUGUGGAAAAAGUUACAGGAAAAGUAAUCGUAAUUGAACCAUAAUUUUGAAUCUAAGAAUAAAUUAGAUUUUAAAAAAAUAUACAACUUGGUAUAAAAAUACCUUAAAAACCGUUACUUAAUAGAAAGCACUAUUAAGUUUUUGUCAGCUGUCUUUAGAUAAUAUUUCUAGUCUGUGUGCUCUGUGUGAAAUUUUAUGUGUUUUCACCUGUUUAUUUUCCUUUUAAAUUCAUAAAAGUCAAUAAAAUUUUGAGUAGUUUAUCAUAGCAAUAAAUAAAUUUUAAAUUCAGCAUAAAUAAAUGUUAAACACAUUAUCAACCAGGCUUCCUUAUGCAAUGAGUGCUGAACUGACAUUCAGUACUUAAUUUACUAAAUUAUCAAUAUUUUUAAGUACAAGAGAAAAUUUGAAAUACAGAAAAGGAGCUAAAAAGGGAAAGAGUAGUUUUAAUUCUUACCAGGAAACACUAUUAUGUAAAGUACAAAUGUACUCUUAUUUAUAGAUUUUUUUUGAUGAGGUAUUUUAUUUACAAAAAAUCAGUGGGAAUAUUUUUCAUCUGAAAUUUUUUUUUUAAUGAGUCAUAACAUCUAAAGAUUUUUUGAGAUCUUUUGAUUAGACCAGCUCUUGCUUUUAUUUUGGGACCUGGAAAAGUGAGAGUGAUUGCACCUGUCAGAUUUUGUAUUUGGUAUCUUUGGUCCAUUGUAUUAUGGCUAAAUGAUUCAGCAUUUCAUCUGCCACCACAGUCAAGUCUCUUCUCUGAAAGCUAAUCAGGUGCCUGAGAGCCUUUUUUACUACUGGAAUGAGGGACAGGAAAGGAAGCUUUAUUUACCUCUGAUAACUUGUGUUCUAAGUCAGAUAUCACUGUUCCUACAUCCAGAAGCAUUUCACCAGUUUCAGAGUUGGCCAGUCAGAACACUGGUUCUCAGACAUUUUUUAUCAGAGGAUCUUCUUUUUCCCACAUGGACAGAUUUCUCCACUGUUCAAUAAAAACUAGGGUUUCUUCUUGGUUAAAGAUCAAUUUUUAUGGUGUUAUCAAAUGAAAAAAGUACUAUAAGUGCCACAUUAUGUUUUAAUUCUCUCCUCACUGAAUUCUUGAGUAAAACCAUUUCUGUCUCUUGCCUAGGCAAUGAAUUUAACAUUUUAUAAGCAUUUUAUGCAGUGUGCAUGUUGUAUAUUUUAUAACGGCCUAAUUUCAUUCAGUAUUUUCAUUAAUAAUUACAGAAAAGCUUUCUAACUUCAAGUACUAUAAAAAUAUCAAUUGAAAUAAAGUUCUGUAUUAGUGCCAUUUCUAGCUGUGGCAAAGCACAGGUCUUACCAUAGCUUACCUGUGGAAUCUCUUCACUGUAGGUGUGUUAGUACAGUGUCUGAGUAGUGCAUUUGUUUACUGAUCAUGUAUACCCACAUUAGCUCUUGACCUCAGUUCUCCUAUAUUUAAAAGGGAAAAGAUACAGAAUUGAGAUCAUGGAAAUAAUAAAUAAAAUUACUUAACACCA